UGGUUUGAAUGGAAAACGCGGCGUCGCGUGGCUUUAGGUUCGAUACUGGGUCCUUGCAACAACGGAUUUCGCCUUGCGCUCUCUGCGGAAUAUCACGACGCUAAUACUACUUAUCCGCCUGUCAAAUUAAGGAAGACGGGAAUUGUAAGGUUCAAGAGUAUAUUGUCGCACACGCUUCUUGAGGAGCGUAUUUGAGUCUCACAUUCAUUCGGAUCUAGUCAUGAAGCUUCCUUUCUCGUCACUCAUUCUUACUAUCUUGUUCAAUGCUCUGCUCAGCAAUGCCGCUCCUUUCGCUGCUGAGAAGAGAGCAAUCGACGACAAUCUCUUACAAACGUUCAGAAUGAUGUCUCAAUACGCCUCCGCCGCCUACUGCUCCAACAACCUCAACUCCCCCGGGGACCAACUCCAAUGCGGCCCAGGAAACUGCCCGCUCGUGGACGAUGCAGACUCAGCAACAGUGCUCGAAUACAGCAGAACCGAAACCAUCACCGACGUAACCGGCUUCGUAGCAACCGACCACACCAAUAAACAAAUCGUCGUCUCCUUCCGCGGCUCCCAAUCCAUCGACAAUUGGCUCACCAACCUCGACUUCGCCCUCGUCCCCACAGACCUAUGCACCUCCUGCACCGCGCACGCCGGCUUCUGGCAGUCCUGGCUCGACGCGCGCGCCACCGUGGUACCCGCCGUUAAAGCCGCCGUGGCCAACUACCCCGCGUACAAGAUCACGGUCACGGGGCACUCGCUCGGCGGCGCGAUUGCGGCCUUUGCCGCCACCCAGCUGCGCAAUCUCGGGCUCGGCGUCGCGCUGUACACGUUCGGCAGUCCGCGCAUCGGCGGGCCGGUGCUGAGUGCCUACGUGUCCGGCCAGAGCGGGGGGAACUAUAGGGUCACGCACUGGAAUGAUCCGGUGCCGCGGAUGCCGAUGGUGGCGAUGGGCUAUGUGCAUGUCAGUCCGGAGUACUAUGUUGGGGUGAAGAAUGGGGCUGCGGUGGGUACGGGGGAUGUCAAGGUGUAUGAUGGGGCGGUCAAUCUGUUCAAGGGGAAUUCGGCGUGGCUGCGGACGGAUGUUGAGGCUCAUCGGUGGUAUCUCUCGCGGAUGGGUAUAUGUGCGGAUUUGAAGCAGAAGAGAGGGUUGGAAGGGUUGGGGCUGGAUGUGGUUGCUCGGUUUUAGGAGCGAUCUAAAUAUGUAAUCAAGUGACACUUGUUCAGAA